AUGGCGCAUGCCCAGGAUUCCCAAGAGCCCCAUAAACGGAAACGGGACGCGGACGACAGCGGCGCGCAGCCAGCUCACUCUGAUCGCAUUCCCCAGCCUCCUCCGCCUCAGUCAGGCAAUGCAUCUAUCAUCAAUUACCUUUCUAAAGCCAACCCUGGCAGGCUCAAGCUGAUUCAAGGAGAACCCGACACAUUCUCCGACGUGCUCGGCCUUUUGAAUCAAUACGAAGGCGUUCUUAAUAGGCAUGAGAGUCUCGCCGCCAACCUGGGCGCCAAGCUGACGGGCCCUCGUCUGUUAAAGGCCAUGGAGGGGGCAUUCGAGGGCCCGAUCAUCACCAAUCCACCGCCCGCCUAUGGUGCGGCACCUUUGGGCUGGCUAGACAUCGUCACUUUCGCCAAAACGAACCCCGAAAAGUUCAUCUUGACGACGGGUCACGAUGGCGAACGCACCUGCCAAUUCUACCUCAACGGAGUACAGGUCCAGAUAUUAGAGGAUGACUGGCGCCUCAUCAUGAAUGGUGCGUUGGACAGGUUUUCUAGCGUGUCGACGGCUCCUCUGGAGGAGGACGAGACAGCAGAAGUGGCGACGCUCGAAAUAGUAGAACAGCGACUACAGGUCCUUAUCAAGAAGGCCGAUGAAAUCGCCAAGAGGGCGCGACAAUUGAACUACCACCUGAGCGGCCGAAGGGCUGGCAUCAGCUCAAGGCACGGCGGACAACAGGGGAGCAGCUCCGCAUUUCAACCAGUCAACCACUCCAGAGGUCAUGUUCCUCAUGGCUCCGGCUACGACCUACACGCCGACUUGCUCCAGCAAUUUUUAUCGUCUUCCCAGGCUUACCCUCCGCGGGUGCCUUCCAGCGCUGGGCUCGAGACUGCACUUUCCACCGGCCAACACACGCCACCUGCGACAAAUCCUCACCCACACUCACUUCCGUUGCAGGGCCGCCCGGCUGUCGUGCACGCUCCCGUUAUUCCCCAACGAGACUCAUCGUAUGACCCGUCAUCGGCACACAGAGGCAUCAUCACGGCUAGGAUAGAGAAGUUGAACAAGGGCGAUCAAAUCUGGCCACCUUGCGACCGCUGUCGCAGACUCAAGUCGCCAUGCAUAAAGCAUUUGACGGCCUGCCAAGGCUGCACAAAAAAACACGCCAAGUGCGGAUGGAAAACCAUUACCGAAGAAGAGAUCGCCUGGUUCAACCGUGAAGGGAGCAGUAGUGCCGAUGAGACACAUGUUGAGCCGAUCCCGGCGCACCCAGUGCCGGCGAGGCUAUUGCGAUACGACCCAACACAGGACGACGGUCGAUCCAACGAACCGCCGCCACCAUCCAACAAUCUCAUACCAGCAGGAGACGUAUCCCGACCCGCCAGCAGAGGGCAGCAAGAACACCGCCAGCGAUCGCCUUUGGAUCCAGGUUCCCGCAGUAGAACAAGCAGCUUCAUGGACGUGGAGCAUGAGCCUCCACCCCCGAACCAGAAGCCAUGGAUUCCAGAGUCACAGCGGGGCGAGCAACUCCCCAGCAUCAAAAGGGACCUGUUGCUCAGCCACAUGGCGUCGGCUGCAACAGCAGCUGCUGAUGCGCGGGAUGCCAACUCAACACCUGCAAGCACCAUGGCUGGGCGAUAG